AUGAUCGGCAUGGAUGGUUCGGCUCCCAUGUCAGAUGCUAGUAGCUGCCUUCCCAAUGGGGCAUGGGGAAGAUUAUCAGCGGAAAUAGAUCCGACUCGCCCAGCUCCAACCACUUUCUAUUCUUAUCAAACUUUCACUCAGUACAGUGGGACGAGUCGCCACCCGAACCGCGUGCCAUUUAGGGACCCUAAUAUGGGUUGCCGGAUUUCCGGCAGCGAUCUACGGUUAGUUGCUCUGUUGCACAAACGUAAACUUCACUUCUUGUCCAGCACGAAUUCCACACAUAAUCCAUCAAGCCAGUUCUGCUAUAGGCUCUCGUCGACCCAACCCCUUCUCAUACACAGGCGAUAUCUGCGACCCUGGCGAUACAACCGACGCAUCACAUUCAUAUACCCCAUAACUACCAUAGACUGGCGAGCCCGCUACCUCAUGCCUUUCAACAGUCUUCCUCCUCUUGAUACACCUCCUAAAAAAGAAGAUACCACCAAUAACCAGCGCCAACACCAACCCAACCGGUCCAAUUACCGCACCCGCUAUCCACGCCUUAUUCUCAGACACGCCAGACGAGAAAUCCCCGGCCGGGAAGGCGUCAACGUCGACGAUGCUGUAGACGUAGUCCACGCAUCUAUCCUCCUAUACAUCGUCUCUACUCUCGGGGAAGAAAUAAAGCACGCAACAUCCGUUACGGCGGCCUGCGUUCCCGCGGGAUACACUGAAAACACUGUGACGGUGCCACAUCUUGCGGUUUUGUAG